AUGCACAAGAUUGCGGUUAUUCAAAUGCACCCCAAGUCUCAUGAACUGGAACAAAAUCAUUCUCGCGCAGCGGCUUUCAUUCGAGAAGCUGCCACGGCCGGAGCGAACCUUGCCGUUCUUCCAGAGUACCAUCUACGGGACUUCGAUCCGGAUGAUGAGAACUUCAGGAGGCAGUGUGCUCACUGGAAGAAGUAUCUGGAUGCCUAUUGUGCUUUGGCCAAGGAGUGUCGUAUCUGUGUUGUACCUGGCUCCUUUGCAGAGUUACAUCGCAACGAGGAAACCCAAGAAGACAGGCUUGUCAAUUGCUCCUAUUUCAUCGACCAUAAUGGCGCCAUCCUAGGCAGGUACGAAAAGAAGAAUCUGUGGCAUCCCGAAAGGCCAAUUGUCACCGGUUCAAGACACGACGCUCAUCCGUGUUUUGAUACUCCGUUGGGUAAGGUGGGAAUGCUGAUUUGCUGGGAUCUGGCAUUUCCGGAAGCGUUCAGAGAGCUGAUCGCUCAGGGUGCCAAGCUGAUCAUCAUUCCUGCGUUUUGGAAGUUGACAGACGCAUCCGAUAUUGGGAUGAAGAGAAACUCUCUUUCAGACCAAGUUUUUAUCGAUGCCACGGUCGUGAGUCGGGCGUUUGAGAACACUUGCGCAGUGGUUUUCUGUAAUGUUGCAGGGCCAGCUGCAGAAGGAUAUAUGGGUCACUCUCAGGUAGCCGUGCCAUUCUUGGGUUGCCUUGAAAAGUUUUCUACCCCGGAUGAGGGCAUGAAAAUUGUCGAAGUGGAUAUGGAUAUUGUUGAAGAAGCAGAAUCUGUGUAUAAGAUUCGAGAGGAUAUGGGGAAACAAAAUUGGCAUUAUAUGUAUCGUCAUACGAGGUCUCGUUAA